GACGAAGAAGAAACGUCACUCACCGGAGCAGCAGAGUGACAGAGGUGUUUGACAGAGAUCAGCCCGUCACAUCCGACCAUGAGUGUCCCGGGUUUUGUACGAACUGUGGCCAGAGGUUUCUCCGGUGGAUCAGGACUGUUCAGACCUGCUGUGUUGUGCUCAGGCAAAAUCACAGUCACACGAAAAAUGACAUCCAGGAGACAAACUGACCAUCUAGAGCGAACUGCUAGUGUUCAUCGAGAAAUGGAACUUUUCUCUGCACGUGUUUGUGACAUUAUUAGUGAGUCUGAGACUGUAAAGAGACUGAGACUGGAAGUGCCUCAUCCUGACUUCAGCUUCCAUGCUGGACAGUGGGUGGAUUUCUUCAUCCCAGGUGUGGAGACUGUGGGCGGUUUCUCCAUUUGCUCGAGUCCAGGUCUGCUAAAGAGAGAAGGAGUGAUCGAACUGGCUGUAAAAUAUGCACGCCAUCCUCCAGCACACUGGAUUCACACAGAAUGCUCUGUGGACUCUCAGGUAGCCGUGAGGGUGGGGGGUAAUUUUUACUUUGACCCUCAGCCUUCUAACCCUGUGGUGGACCUGUUGCUGGUGGCUGGAGGUGUUGGAAUCAACCCUCUGUACUCCAUUCUGCUACAUGCAGCUGAUCUGCACAGACACACUCACGGUCACAGAUACACACCAGGACACACACACCUGUGUUACAGCGCCAAGAACACUGCAGAGCUGCUCUUCAAGGACACCAUUAUUGACAUUUGUCACGAGCGACCAGAUCAAUUCUCCUGCCGUUUUCAUGUUACCCAGCAGAGCUCCGACAUAGAGCCACAACUUCAGCCUUACACUAUACGUGGAAGGAUAUCAGAAGAAGAGCUUCAGCGUUAUGUAGACCCUGAGCGAACGCUGUGUUAUCUUUGUGGUCCUCCUCCUAUGAUAGAGAAAGUGAGUUCGGAUCUGCAGAGCACCGGCCUACCGGAGGAUAGAAUCCUUUUUGAGAAAUGGUGGUAGUUUUACAGCUCCACCCAAACCACAGGCCUCAGAGAUGGAUGUGUCUGUCUCUUUGUCAUUAUAGACACUGACUGUAGUGGCAAAAUGGACCAGUAAUGCACUUGAGUUUUAACGCACAACAGACACCAAAUCUGCAUUUCUUCUGAUUUCAUUUUAUUUGUUUUUGAAAAGGCUUUUAUGCACACUGCGGUUACAUUGCUUUUAUUACACACGGAUGCAAUGCUGUGUAUUAUUUGAGAUGCAAUCUGAAAUGAAAUAACUGGUUUCUAUUGGAAUAUAUUUUAAAAUGUAAUUUAUUCCUGUGAUGGAAAAGCUGAAUGUUCAGCAUUAUUACUCCAGACUUCUGCAUCACAGGAUCCUUUAAAAAUACACUACCUGACGAAAGUUUUGUCUCCUAUCCAAGUUUUAUGAAAUAAUAACUUGACUUCUAGUUGAUCAUUUGGUAUCAGAAAUGGCUAAUAUGAAAGGCAAAGCCCUCUAGAUUAAGCUUAUUUUCCCAACAUUAAAUAUGACCAUGCCUUGAUUUUUAUUUAUUAGGACAUCAAGGUCUGACUUUGCUUAGACAAAAGUCUUGUCACGAAACAGAAAUAAUGUACGGUAUAGAUAUAAAGUCAUGGUGCAGUGAAACAAGAACGAAUAUUGUGCAUGACUCCCAUGAGCUUGGACAACUGCAUGACUCAAAUAACUUAUUAAUAAAGCCAUCUGAAAUAGCAAAGAAAGCGCUCUUGCAGGACUCCCAGAGUUCAUCCAGAUUUUUUGGAUUAAUCUUCAAUUACUUCAUCUCACCCCAGACAUGCUCAAUAAUGUUCAUUUCUGGUGACUGGGCUGGCCAAUCCUGGAGCACCUUGAUCUUCAUUGCUUUCAGAACCUUUGAUGUGGAGGCUGAAGUACAAGGAGCGCUAUCCUGCUGAAGAAUUUGCCCUCUCCUGUGGUUUGUAUUGUAAUGGGCAGCACAAAUGUCUUGAUACUUCAGGCUGUUGAUGUUGCCAUCCACUCUCAGAAUCUAACCCCAAACCAUGAUUUUUCCUUCACCAAACUUGACUAAUAAUGAGAAUCUUGGGUCCAUGCAUCCAACAGAUGAUUCAAAGAAAAAAUCUACCUUUUACACUAUUCCAAAAGAUCAACUAGAAGUCAAGUUAAUAUUUGUUGAUCUUACAACUGAGAUCGACAACAAGACUUUUGUCAGGUAGUGUAUACUUUAAUAUGCUGACAUGAUGCUUACUAAUAUUAAUGUUGAAAAUGCUAUUUUUUUUAAAAUAUUUUCAGAUUUUUUAAAUUAGUAGAAAGUUAAAAAUGACAUUGAAAAAAAUGUGUCCUUGUUGAAUAGAAGUAUUAAUGGUAUUGUUCACCCAAACAGAAAAAAAUCUAAUUCUACUACAGACAUCCGAGGAAUCUAAAUCUUACAGGCUUGGUAUAACUGAAGAGUAAAGUAAAUGGUAAGCAUAUUAUUAUUUUUAGGUGAAGUAUUCUUUUAGUGUCUUAAAAAAAUAAACAAUAUAUAAUAAUGUAAAAGUAAAAGCUAUAUAUAAUAAUAUUUAUAUAAUUAUAAAUACCCACAACUCAAAACUUCUGAGCAAUAUUGUAUACUCAUCCUCCUUUUAAUUUAAACAAACUAUUUUGUGGACUCCAUGUGCUAUUUUUGUUUUACCUCAUUUUAAAGCUGGAGUCCUUAAAUUGACCGUAACCAGUGGUGUAACGCUCUACAUUAUAGUUCAUUUGCUGGUUAAUGGUUUAGAAGUUCUGCUUUUGAGGGCACGUCGAUGUGUGUGUAAUAAUGUUGUUUGCAUUUUAGAAGGCAUAUUUAUUCUUGAGAAACCUUCAGAGGGGUGUUUCUGAAGCGAUGUGACAAUAUAAAAUGUAAUGUUGCUUAUUUAUGCAGUGCUGAUUUUCUGAAAGGUGUUAAAGAUUUUGCAAUUCAGUUCAUAUCUGUAAUACAGCUCACAUCUUAAAUCCAGUAAUCUGAUGGUUGAAAUAGUUUUAUUGUACACAUUUCAAAAUAAAACCUGCCAACAGUGAUGUUACAUUGUCAGUGCUUUUUAGGAUGAUGCAAAGUCAAUAAAGAAGCCAUUGUCACUUUGUUUAA